UUCGAAGUUGGAAAUGACACUACAUAGGUUCUAAGAUACAUUGACGUAAUUUGUUGUGAUACGUACCGUAGUUGGUUCGUCUUUGCUGCGAGGUUAAUUUCGUGUGGCAAAUGUAUUCCUGUAAAUAAAUCAUCAGUUUGACCAAAACUGAAGUGCGAAGGACAGUGUUAUACUGUGGAUUUAUAAUAUGGACGUGGGGCGUGGUGCUACUGAUUUACGUUUAAACUCUUUGUAUUUCAUUGAUAGAAAAGAGGGAAAAGAAGACUAUGUUUAGAAUGUCAGGGGUAUACACAAAACUUUAUUUAUUUAUUGUUUUUUAGUAGCUUCUUGCCGAUCGUGCACCAACAUUUAACGAAUCCUUCAGAGUGCUGCUGUCAGCCUGUGAUGAAGGAUCGUCAUAGGUAAGACGAAUCUGACAGGAUGGGGUCAUUUCUCGACAAACCGAAGACUGAAAAACACAAUGAACAUGGCUGUGGGAAUGGGCUGCGUUACGGUGUGGCGAGCAUGCAAGGUUGGCGUGUCGAAAUGGAGGAUGCCCACUGUGCCGUCACAGGUUUGGGUGAAGGACUGGAAGAUUGGUCAUUCUUUGCCGUAUUUGACGGACACGCAGGGGAGAGAGUGUCGGCACAUUGUGCAGAUCACCUACUUGAGUGUAUAGUGGGUGCAGAAGAGUUCAGAAGUGAUGAUGUAAUAGAAGCAAUACGUGCUGGUUUCCUUAGUCUGGAUGCCCGCAUGAGAGCCCUUCCUGAGUUAGCUAGUGGUGAAGACAAAUCUGGUUCAACAGCUGUUUGUGCACUUAUAUCCCCACACACGGUGUACGUAGCGAACUGCGGUGAUUCGAGGGCUGUACUGUGCCGGAGUGGUCGCCCGACAUUCUCUACCAGAGACCACAAACCAGUUCUGCCCGCAGAAAAAGAACGUAUUUUGCGUGCAGGCGGAAGCGUAAUGAUCCAACGUGUCAAUGGCUCACUGGCUGUUUCACGUGCUUUGGGUGACUACGAGUACAAAAAUGUGGAGGGCAGAGGCCCUUGUGAGCAGUUAGUCUCUCCAGAACCAGAAGUAUCAGCUGUGGUUAGAAAUGAAGAAAAGGAUGAGUUCUUGGUCUUGGCUUGUGAUGGUGUUUGGGAUGUAAUGUCUAAUGAAGAUCUCUGUGCCUUUGUGCGCUCUCGUCUUGCUCUCACAGAUGACCUCGAGAGUGUGGCCAACCAAGUGGUUGACACUUGCCUGUACAAGGGAAGUCGAGACAACAUGAGCAUUGUGUUAGUCACCUUCCCAGGUGUGCCACAGCCUUCAGCUGAAGCAAUGCAGCGUGAACGAGAACUUGAAGAAUUAAUAGAAAGGAGAAUGACAGAUAUUAUAAACCAAGGCGACACAGUGGAAUUUCUCCAUGUUCUUCAGGCCCUUGCAGAUGAGAACAUACCAGGACUUCCUCCAGGAGGUGGCCUUAGUGCAAAGAGGAACUUUAUUGAAAGCGUCUACAAGAAACUGUGUCCUAACAAUGCUGACAGUAAUUCUCCUGAAUCCCAGCGAAGAGGGGUCAGCGAAACAUAAUGGUGACUUUCUUAAACUGUUACUGGUCUGUGUCAUUUUAAUUUCAUGAAUCUUCAAACCAUUAAUUUUUUUCCUUGCAAGAAAAUAUGAGAAUUUAAUGUAAAUGUAAUGGCUGUAACAGAGGAAUAUUUUUUGAAAACAUCUGAAGUUUAUCUUAAGUGAAAACAGAGAAGAAACUUCCAUUUAAGAUUUAUCUUGCAGUAUUGAGAAAUAUUUUGUUUCAUGUUAAUUUCCUGGAUUGUCAUCUGACUUAUGUACCAUUGAGUACUGUGCAAAAGGCAAAAAGAUAGACAUAAGGAAAUGUACAUCUGCAAAUAUCAAUUGUUUGUGUAGUGGUUUUCCUUUUAAUCUCUGGUGUAUUAGGACGUAUUAGAACAAAUGAUGAAAACUUUUCUGUACAAAGCAUAUUGUUUUGGUUAACUGAUGUGGAAUACUGCAGUUUGUAAUGUCAUAUGUCUUAGUAAGCACAACACACUUUUUGUGGAUUGUCUUCAUAGGUCUGUUAAUGUACAUAAAAAGUAUAUGUUGAAGACAGUAAAGCUGUAUAUAAAAUGUUGUAAUAGAUAUUUUCCCAGUAAAGGUACUUUUCUAGGCUGAACUAAAACUAAACUUCCACCCUGCCCUGCAAGUGCUGUAGAUUUAGGAACAUACAUUAAGUUUAUAAUUAUUGUGUGAAUGAUUUAUUUAUGAAAACUGAAGUUUCCAUGUAAUGUAUGUCAAUAAUUAGUCCUUUCCUCGACUUUUAUUGCUUACACAAUGAGAUUUUGAAGAAGUUGUUGUUGUUCUUGUUUAUUAUUGUGAUUAUUAAUAUUCUUGCUACUGCUAUUAUUAUUCCUUUACUUUACUCUGUUUGUACAUUGUGUUAUCAUGUUGAAAGAUAUGUACAUAUUUUUGUGUGAAAAUUAGAAUGGUAAUACUGACUUAUCACGUUUGUUAUUUUCGUAGUCAAUUUUCAUACAUAAAACCUACAAAUAAGUAUAAGUAUUAAGUUUAGUGGUUACCUCAGUUGCUUAUGCAAUCUAUGUGUCAAGUACUGCUGAUUUUGUCAUGGAAGUUAAAAGUUUCUAACAUCUACAUCAUUAGUUCAAACAUUUAAAAUUGUUGCAGAUUUAAAGGUUUUUUAAUUUUUUUUAAGCAAUAGUUUAAUUUGAUCAUAACUAUAUUCGUAAUGAAACUGACAGGCCUAUAAUAUUUGGAGAGAUAUUGAUAACAUUUAUUAUCAUUUAGGAAGGAGAGAAUUGGAAGUUGACCACAUAUAAUUGGCUACAUGUUGAUAAUGAGAUUAUAUUAUACAAAAUUAAAGCAUUAACAAUUGAAGGUGGGUGAGAAAGAUUACCUCCGUAUCUUUGAAGAGCAUUCUUCGAUAUCGUGAUCACUUUUCUAUAUUCUAUGUAAUUUGUCUAUCGUUUGAGGAUUUUCUGAAAUCAGUGUAUAAUCUGCUGAAGGUGGGCUUCAGUUACAUAUGAACAGUAAACAUAAUAAAUAAUAUUUGGUUAAUGGAUUUCUUUGAACUCAAGUACGUUAAUAAAAUUAUAAAAUUUUUCUUUCUUAUGAAGCAAACUGUCUUUUUGCAUUAAGAACUGUGGGAGUUGAGAUUUUGUAACUUAAAACAAUAUGUUUACGCAUUUAUUCACAACUGUUUCACCAGCCACAUUAAUUUUUGCUGUGUUGUGGUAGGGAGUCAGUUAGAAACAGUAUUUGAUGUGUUGUACCAGGGAGUAAAGUAACCUUAGCAAGAAUUUUUUUCUUUUAUUAUUGAUUGUAUUGUUGUUUCGUGAGAUAUAUUUCCUUUGUAAAGAAAGCAUAUUCAGCUGCUGCAGGUGUCAAAAUGUAGUUCGUAAAUGAAAAAGGAAGUUGUAUUUGUGUGGCCAUCUUCCACGCUAAUUGCUCAAGACGACCAUACUGAAGGAAAGUAUGUGCACAUGCAAAUUAAUUUUGCUUCACUUUACUCCGGACUUGUUGUGCAUUUGUUUCAACAAAGCCUCAUUAGUGAAAUAUCACUCUAACCUAUGCAUGCAGAAUUCAUUGAUUCAAAGCAGUUAAAGAGCAAGUUCAGUACUUUUUUGUGCUUAACAUCCACUAUUCAGUUUCUUGGUGUUCAUUGUGCAUCCAUUUUGCAUAUAUAAGCUGGGUAGCUUACAGUGUUAUAAAUUUUUUCGUAGCAUGCUAAUGUUCAUGUUGUGUAUGUGUUCGUUUUAUCUGUGGCCUUAUCGACAUAACUCACUUUAGUGUAGCAUAUAUUGCAAGCGUUCUGGAGCGCAUCCCCCACCUCCCGAGAAAUCGUUUUAAUAUGUGGUUGGAAGUGUAGUCAUGUUGAGACAUCUUCAUUUGUCCAAAUAAUGGAAUAUUAGGAUGUUACUUUGUGAAAAUAUAGUAAAAGAUAUUUUAUAUACAGUAAAUAAAUGGAAUUAGUCCCCAGUUGUAUAUACAGAGUUUUUGCUUCAGCACCAUUGAAGAAAAAGGAUUACUAUGUCAUUACACACAAACAUUUUUGUGUUCAGGCAAAUCGUAUAUAACUUCUGCGUAUGCUGGGAGUGAUUGUGAUUUGCAGUACACAAAUUGCAGAAUUAAAUUUUUGAAAUAACAGAAAAUGGCACUGUCACAAAUCAUAUCUGAUAUAUUGCCUUUAAGUUGAGUGGAACUUAUCAGAUACAGCAUUAAGUUUUUAAGCCAUACAAACUUCAGUUUUAUAUUUUUGUCUCUUUUUAUUGGUUAUAAUGACUCUACAUUAUAAACUCUGAACGUAGAAAAUUACUCCUUCUUCAAAACAGAAUUGAAAUUACAGAUAUGUGGUUCUUGCAUAACGGUCUCUAUACUUUCGAAAUCAAGAAACUUCUUUUUCUGUAAAUUUGGGAGCAAGUGAUGAAUUGAUAUUGAUACAAACUUGAACAAAUCCUUACCAUUACCUGGCUAAUCUCCAGUUGUUUCAUGGUUACAUAUGGUAUUUUGACUCAUAGUGAUAAAUAAUGCAUGAAAUUUUGUCUACACAAUCCUAAAAUUUGUAUCUGACAGUAAAUUGGUUGACAGAAAGCAAAACCUUGUAUAGAUUAUAUGACAAAAAUUAUAAGAGAUGAGUUUGUAGGUUGAUCUGGGGGAAAGGACCAAGCAUCGAGGUCAUAUAUGAGACUGAAGUCAAUCAUCAAAUACUGUAGUAGUACUUUCUAUAAAAUAAUUUUUCUCCAUAGCACAAGUGAUGUGUAGACAUUAUGUACUCCAACACUAGCCUAAUAAUAAGAUAAUUUUGGUAAUGUUUUAUGCAUAUGCCUUCCCCUGCCAACUUUACUCUUACCAGUUGUUUUGUGCUAAUUGCAAUAGUUAGCAUGCUGUGAUUUUAGGUUAUAUGUAUAUAAAUUUUACUGUACUCAUUAAAAUAGAAAAACUAUUAGUAA